AUGCUGUUGGUUAGCAUCAUUGGCUCCAUCUGUCAGUUAUUUAUAUUGCCGGUAUUGGCUCAUGCCAUUGGAGAACGUAAGGUGUUAUCAACAGGUCUUCUUAUGGAAGUCUUCGGCGCAGGACUUCUCAGUGUUUCAUGGGCAGCAUGGGUUCCCUAUGCUACGACCGUGUUUGUGCCUGGAGUCAUGUUCGUGAUGCCAUCAGUUUAUGGUAUUGCCUCAAAACAAGUGGGAUCUAGUGAACAGGGGAAGGUCCAAGGAUGUAUAUCUGGGGUAAAAUCAUUUGCAGCAGUCGUAGCUCCGUUUGUAUAUAGUCCGUUGACAGCAUUGUUUCUCUCCGAAAAUGCACCAUUCUAUUUCCCUGGAUUCAGCCUUCUAUGCAUCUCCUUAUCCUGGAUGAUCGGAUUCCUUCAAAGUCUUCUGAUAAAAGAUGUUCCGUCACCAUCAACGAACGAAGCAAUCAUCAACACUUCAACUGAGGAAUUAAGCUUAACAAGAGAUAACUCAUAA